ACAAUGGCGGACUACGCGGAUGAUAGUGAAGAUGAUUCAUCCGACGUCACCGAUAUGCACUACGCCAAAGGAGUGAUGACAAUUAUAUACAUCACCGUAUUCCUGAUUGGUACACCAGGCAAUUUAUGGAUCAUCUGCAAACUUAUUCAGGCUAGGUUGGUUCGGUCAAUUCUUUUCCUUAUGCUCAGCUUGAAGAAAUGCCCGGCUCUGUGA